AUGCCAUUUAUUAUAAAAAUAGAAAAAAAUGUUGAAGAUUUGAAUUUAGAUUUAGAUAUAAAAAGAAGGAAAUUUGAAUUGGAGAAUAAUGGUUUUGCUAGUUUAUUGUCUUCAAAUAAAAUAGAAAUUAUUUGGGGAAUAAUUAAUUUAGGAUAUCCACCACAAAAUGUUGCUUAUAAAAUUAAUUAUUAUACACAAAUUAUAAUUAAAGAAAAAAUGGAAAUUGCAAUUGAACAAUUAAAUGAAAUUGAAAAGUUGGAAAAUGAAAAUAAAAUUAAAGAAAAAUUGAGUGAAUGGAUAAAGGGAGAAAAUUUUGUAGAAAUGUAUCAGCAUUAUUUACUUGUUAUUUGUGCCUAUUCUCCAGACAGUUUGGGAGGUCCUUCACUUUGUGAUGUAAUUGAAAGUCAUUUAACAUUCCUUUUGAUAAAAAAAUUUGAAACAUUAAAAUUUAUUGAAUAUUUUCAUAUAAACCCAAAAGCUUUAUUCAAAAGAGAAAAUUGUCCAAAAGCAACGGGAAUUAAAGAAGAGGAUUGGAAAUGUACUGGUUGGAUUAUUGGAUUUAAAAUUUUAAAAGAAGAAGAAAUUAAAGAAAAUAUAGAAGAAUUAAAAAAUAAAAUUAAAUCAUUAAAAGAAAAUGAUUUUAAAAAAUAUAUUGACAAAAAUGGGGAAGAGGGAAAAAUUAAAAUUGGAGCUUCUUAUUUAAAUAAGAAAAAAUUUAAAGAAUUUAUCGCUGUAUAA